AUGACGCGGAUUGGGAGAAAUACUCCUGGAACCCCUGAGGUGAGGAUCAGUGCGAAAGCGAACGCUCUCGCUUCCUGUGGACGAGCCAGGACAUUGGGCGGUGGGCAACUCCACCCCUGUGACAAACGGCGCCGGGAGCAGGAGAGCAAGUACAUCGAGGAGCUAGCAGAGCUGAUUUCAGCAAACCUGAGUGACAUCGAUAACUUCAACGUCAAGCCUGACAAGUGUGCCAUUCUGAAAGAAACUGUUCGACAGAUCAGACAGAUUAAAGAGCAAGGGAAAGCUUCCUCCAGCGAUGAUGUUCAGAAGGCUGACGUGUCCUCCACUGGCCAGGGGGUCAUUGACAAGGACUCGCUGGGUCCGCUCUUGCUGCAGGCGCUGGACGGCUUUUUGUUCGUAGUGAACCGGGAUGGCAGCAUCGUCUUUGUGUCCGACAAUGUGACUCAGUACCUGCAGUACAAGCAGGAGGAGCUCAUCAACACCAGCGUCUACAACAUCCUGCACGAGGAGGACCGCGAGGAGUUCCACAAGAACCUGCCCAAGACCUCCGGUAAGGAGGCUGCUGUUGGGAACUUCGGCCUCUUGACGGUGGCGGAGCUCAAUUGGCAACAAUGCUAA